CACCUCUUUUACGUGCUCCAGAACGGAGUGAAAUCCCAGAUCAUGCAGUGAGUGGCGAUUUGUUCACCUCCAUGACCGCGGUGUAGUAGGCUAGGCUAGGCCUAUAAUGAGUGAGAGGGCGCUGUGUACUGUGAUCAUCGAACCCAAUCACUCAGUUUUGUGAAACUACCAACUGUGUCAUCAAUUCGACUUUCAAGUUUGAUAGUCUGAAGCAAUAGCAGAAAACCCCGCCACUCCAAAAAAUGAUCCCUGCGGACCCUGGUAUGCCUUGAAUAACUCGUGGGCAUGAUUUGUGAAGCAAGAUGACCCAGGGGGACACGGAAACCCGGUUCAUGCACCUGCUGCAACCAAUCCGGGACCUGACUAAGAAUUGGGAGGUGGACAUUGCCUCUCAGCUGGAGGACUAUCUCACAGAGAUUGAAGAAAUUCGGAUCUCAUUUGAUGGGGGCUCCACUUCAAUGAACUUUGCCGAGGCAGCCCUGCUGAUCCAAGGGUCUGCCUGCAUAUACAGCAAGAAAGUAGAGUACCUGUACGCCUUGGUAUACCAGACGCUAGAUCUUCUUGCCAGUAAGAAGAAGCUACAACAGCCUUCGUCUGUUGACGAAGAGGGACACGACAAAGAUGUGUCAUUUGCAUACCAAAAGAAUGCAGAGGAGUUCCUGUCACUGGACGAUAUUCAAAUCGCAAAGAAUAUCGACUUGAAAGAAGUGGACCUAAACGAUAACCUGGUGAAGGUCAUUCCCAGAACUCCCUUGUCUCUGCUCAAGGUGAAUGGUUUGGGAGAAGACGUGCCCCUUAAAGAUGCCAAGGGCGAGAUCCUGGGCAAGAUGGCCGACUUCCGCCUGAUGACAUCGGUCAUCCACGCCUCAGGAACGCUGCUACUGGACAUGUCUCACAUGUCCCUGCUGGAGGCCUCCCUGAUGAGGCACCCCAUGUCAACGCCAAUGCCUGGACCACAGCCAGGAGACAAGAACGCAAAUGAUUUGAAGGGAUUUCCAGAGGUUGCCAAAGAGCCCGUAGUUGAUAAUACUGAUGAGCCUCCAUUUCAGCAAGAUGCCAACAUGAGCUUAGAUGAUGUUGACAUGGCUGAUCCCCCUGAAGAAUCGUUCACCGAGCCAAUUAAGCCAGGACAGAACCAGAUGAAAGCACGACGGGAGCUGAGGCCCUUACGCAUCCAGCCCAAGCCUCUGGCCCCUCCGACCGUCGACCCUUGGGCAACACUGGAUCCCCACGAGGCAAAGUCCCUCCCAGAGAAGCCUUUCAAAAAAGGCAAGCCUUUCAAGAUACCGGCUGCCCUGUUGGGAGCCAGCCGCAAGAAGAGGAAAAGGAAAGGUUCUCCAGAGAAGCCACCAACAAAAGAUCUGACACCAAUCUCUCAGUUUAUCACCAAAGCCUACUACUCCCAUGCUUCCAAGUUUCCUAACAAUGCCCUGAAGAGGCCGCUGUUUCCGGAAUUCGACAACGUGUACUACACCGAGUUCAAGCGGCAACAGGCUGCUCGGAGGAAGGAAAAGGAGAUUCUGGCCAAGGAAGGCAGGUUUCAGGAACUAGCCGAGUGGGAGGCGGAGGAGGAUGAUUUUAACCACGCCCCCGAGGAGCCCCUAGGAGGGGCAGAGUCUGGACUGGAGGACUAUGGAGGGGCAGAGAUGGGUGAUGAUGGUGAUGACGACAAUUACAAUGGGAGAGGUGGAUUGGAUGGGAUGGUGGACGAUGUGGGUGCUGUCAAUAGAUCAGGAGGUGAAAUCCCAAGCUCACAGGAGAUAAUCACCAGCUAUGAAGAACUUGUCCGCAAACAUGUGGAGGCGUACAUGAUCAGUGCCCAACAGUACACCCAGGUGACAGAGCUAGGCAGAAGGGUGCAGGCCUGGGAGGAGAGAAUCAACCCAAUCCUCCAUAGAGAGGAGAAGUAUGGGUUCUUCGACAUCCACGAGUACGGCACCAUCGUCCUAGACAAACUGGAGGCAGUUGAACACAAGGAGAAGACAGGCAAGCGGGCUGUCCCCUUCAGCAAGCUGAUGGAAGACCGCCAAGCCCAUGACAUCAGCAGGCUGUUCCUGGCAACGUUACAGCUGGCCAACAAUUACAACGUUGAGAUAGGUGGACCAGGCUUGGAGGAGGACGGAAUGGACACGAUGACCCUGAAACUACUCAGCAAGAAGCGCCACAACGAGGAGUUGCAGGAGUACAGGGCGCCCUCCCUUGACAAGUAACACUUUGCGAUUCCCACCAUAUACAAACCAGGUUUUCUUAAUUGUCUUGUAAAUAUGUGUACAUUAAGUAACCAGGCUCAGUUUCACUGUUGAAGUGAAAUUUUUUCACUGUGUAGAGCAGUUAUAGAUAUAAGGUUCGAAACAUGGAAAGUGUUUGCUUAUUAAAAUUAAUAAUAAAAAUGUUAAUUUUUAAUUAUAGGUUUGGCCCUAACCCAACAUAUAUACAUGUA